CAGCAUGGCGCUGCACUUAUAUAUACUGUCAUCGUGCUGCCCCGUCCGAUACCGUUCUUCCUCCUUAAAAUUUUACCCUUAUCACUGCGAUUCUAUAUUUUUUCAUCUCUCUCUUCGAGCUAUAUAAUCAUUCAAUUUAUUUUUUAUCUUGUUUUUCGAACGACCCUUGUGUAUAUUUUAAUAGCUACUUUAUUAUCUCGUAUAGAACCAGUCGCACGCUCACACCUGCACACUUACACAUACAAUUUAACUCACAGAAGAUAAACGCAUAACAUUCUUUUCUUUUAACCAUGUUUUCGGCAUCAAAAGCGAGCUUCCGACUCAGCCGCGCAGCCAUCAGCACCGCUGCACAGCGCAUGGCCAUGUCCACUCUCAACGAGACCGCCAAGCAGCAGCCGCGCACCCCUCGACUGCGCAUACUCAAGCGCAUAAUCUACGGCACAGCGCUCGGCACCAUCUCAUACACGGGAUGGCUAAUGUACCGCAACCGCAACCCGGUUGAGCAGCAGCCGUUCGACCCGAGCAAGAAGACAAUGGUGCUUUUGGGCACAGGCUGGGGCUCGACGACUAUUCUGAAGAACCUGGACACGGAGAAUUUCAACGUGGUGGUGGUGUCCCCGCGCAACUACUUUUUGUUCACGCCCCUGCUGCCCAGCUGCACCGUGGGUACGAUUGAGAACCGGUCGAUUAUGGAGCCUGUGCGCCUGCUGAUGCGCCACAAGAACCGCGAGGUCAAGUUCUACGAGGCCGAGUGCACGGAUAUUGAUGCUGAGAAGAAGGAGCUCGUACUGGAGCGGCGCAAGAACAGUGAGAGUCAGACAGAGAAGAUCACCAUUAACUACGACUACCUGGUGGUUGGCGUCGGAGGUACCGUUAAUACUUUUGGCACGCCGGGCGUCGAGGAGAACGCAUGCUUCCUUAAGGAGAUGGGCGACGCGCGCAAGAUUCGCCGCAGACUGAUUGACUGCGUUGAGCAGGCGUCCUUUGACCAUAUCAGCGAGGCCGAGCGCGACCGCCUCCUGCACAUGGUGGUUGUUGGUGGCGGCCCCACGGGCAUCGAGUAUGCCGGCGAGCUGCACGACUUCCUCGAGGACGAUCUGGCCCAGUGGUACCCUGGGCUGGCCGACCGCGUCCGAAUCACGCUUGUCGAGGCCUUGCCCAAUGUGCUACCCGCCUUUGACAAGAAGUUGAUUGACUACACGCAAUCGACGUUCUCGGAUAACAAGAUCACCAUUUUGACGCGCACAAUGGUCAAGGAGGUCAAGGACAAGUCGUUUAUUGUGCAGAACCCCGACGGCACGCGCUCCGAAAUUCCCUACGGCCUGCUUGUCUGGGCCACCGGCAUCAAGUCGCAGCCCGUGGUCAACAAGAUCCGCGAGCAGUUCAGCGCCGCCCAGACCAACGGCCGCGGCCUCCUUGUUGACGAGUACAUGCGUGUCAAGGGCGCCAAGGAUGUCUGGGCACUGGGCGACUGCGCUCUCUCUGGAUAUGCGCCUCUGGCGCAGGUGGCUGCUCAGCAGGGCAAGUGGCUCUCGCGUAACCUCAACAAGCUGUCCAAGAAGCACGCUGAGGACCCCGAUGCCGAUAUGUUUGCCCUGAUUGAGAAGAGCCGUCCGUUCAAGUACUCUUCGCAGGGAUCGCUGGCAUAUAUUGGCUCGGAGAAGGCAAUUGCUGAUCUUCCAUUCUUUAACCGCAAUAUUACUGCCGGUGGCAUUGCGACAUUCUGGUUCUGGAAGUCGGCGUACUUGAGCGAGCUGUUUUCGCUGCGCAAUUCCACGCUAGUGGCGUCUGACUGGGUCAAGCGUUACUUCUUUGGCCGUGAUAUCAGCCGCGAGUAAUGGAAGGAUGAAACUUGUAAAAAAAAUUUAUAAUUGAUCAGAUAUCGUGCGCUUUUUUUAUUGUUGAUUUAAAAAAAUUAAUUUGAG